AUGCACUACCUCCCCACAGCCCUGCGCACCUGCGCAUCCUCACUGGCGACAAGGCGGCCGUCCUCCCUUGCCGCCGCCGCCGCCGCCGCAGUAAGGACACCCCUGCUGCCCCUCCACCAGGCAUCGCAGAGCAGAUACAGCUCGCACUCGCCGCUUGGGGCGCAGGGCCCCAGCAGCAAUCGAAAGAAGGUCACGCUCGGCACGCUGCGAGCGAUGCACCGGCGGAAUGAACCCAUCGCCGUCAUGACGGCGCACGACUUCCCGUCGGCGCACGUGGCCGACGCGGCGGGCAUGGACAUCGUGCUCGUCGGCGACAGCCUUGCCAUGGUCGCCCUGGGUAUGGAGGACACGAGUGAGGUCAUGGUCGAGGAGAUGCUGUUGCAUUGCCGGUCUGUUGCGAGGGCCACGAAGGCUGCUUUCACCGUUGGUGACCUUCCCAUGGGCUCCUACGAGAUAUCGCCAGAGCAGGCCCUGGAGACCGCCAUCCACUUCAUCAAGACCGGCCGUGUGCAGGGCAUCAAGCUUGAGGGCGGCAGCGAGAUGGCGCCCUCGAUCCGGCGCAUAACCUCCGCGGGGAUCCCGGUCUUGGCACAUAUAGGGCUGACGCCGCAGCGCCAGAACGCACUGGGUGGGUUCAGGGUGCAGGGCAAGACGGCUGCCGGCGCGGCGAAAGUGCUCGAGGACGCGCUGGCGGUGCAGGAGGCGGGCGCCUUCGCGGCCGUCGUCGAGGCCGUUCCCGCUGAGGUCGCCGCCAUCGUCACCUCGAAACUGUCCAUCCCCACCAUCGGCAUCGGCGCCGGCAACGGGUGCUCCGGCCAGGUGCUUGUGCAGAUCGACAUGCUGGGCAACUUCCCGCCCGGCAGGUUCCUGCCCAAGUUCGUCAAGAAGUACGGCGAUGUGUGGUCUGAGAGCCUCAGGGCCAUCGAGGCCUACCGGGACGAGGUCAAGAGCCGCGCGUACCCAGCGCCAGAGCACACCUACCCGAUAUCGAAGGAGGAGCUGGAGGCGUUCGAGAAAUCCUUGUAG